AUAGACUGAAUAAUGCUGGGUGGAGUCGUUGUUGCGUCUCCAUGGCAACGGGGAAGCGGGAGCAAUCUUGACUAACAGAACCAAAGUGUCAAAGAAAAGAAACGCAAUAAAUUAAGAUUCAGCAGACAGCAUGAACAACAGAACUCCGCGGUUGAACUCGUUGUCUCGGGCGUCGACCGACGCGGGGACAGCUUUCCUGAACAGCAGGACGAGUUCGAGGUGGACGUGGGAGGUUCGAGCCCGGCAGGACGGGAAGCGCCGCAGUGUGCUCGGCAGCAGCCGGCCCGGCAGACCCCACGGCCCGGAGGAGACGCCGAGGAGAGCCGCUCGGGUGCUGGAUGCUGAGGGCAACGAUGUGACUCCGCUGCCUCUGCUUCCAGUGAAGCCACAGGCGUCUACUAAAACGGCAGGAUUGUGUCUGGACGACUUGUUCAAUUCAGAUCACUCUAGCUCCAACUCCAGCCUUGAUCUGGACUCCACCUCCUCUUUAAGCAGCUCAUUCGCUCUGUCCUCAAGGGAUUCAUGGACGAAGGAGAGUAAAGACAGUCUCCUUACGGAGGACAUCCACCUAAGCCUACCUACUCCAUUGAUCCCACCAAAGAAAGGAUUGGCUAAAACACAAGCAUCAGAAGAGAUUAAAGUGACUGACAUGGUUCUUAUGGAGUCAGAGACGGUUACGCUGCUGGACAUCCCCAGCACCUUGAUCCACGAGGACGCUGACGGUGCAGAAGACGCCAGGGUGAGGACCAACCACUAUGUUGAACUUUGCAAGAGCAAAGUGCGCAACGCUGUUGAACAAUCCACACAGACAAUCGUUGGAGAGAACAAAAACAAACAGAUACAGACCAACGAGAAGGUUGAGCUUGAAAAGAGCACAUCUGUAACAACCUGGGACGUCUACGACUCUUACUGUGAGCAAGAGGAAAGCUCCAGAAUCGAUCCAGAUGUGCGUCAUCACGACCCUAGGAUGAGAGGAAGGAAGAACGCUGAAGGGAGCAGCUCAAGCACUACAGGCAGUACCAUCAGCUCUCUGUCAGAAAUGGAAACUCUCCGGGACCUUAAACACACCGCAGCAGAUCCAAACGACGUCCUGCUGUCAGAGUCCUUUCAAAGGAUUUUGCUCGUUAUGGAGAAAACAAUUGCAACAGUGGUCCACUGGCCUGAGCUGACCGCUUUUAGACGACUGCCAGCUCUGGAAGACCCCGACAGCGCAGUGACGCAGGAAUGUGAGAAGCAACAGGAGGAAGAGUCCUCAUCUCCAACCAUGAAACGUCUCUGGACUUUUGACUCUGAACCCACCAGAGGAUGCAUGAUAACCAGCAUGACCUGGAACAAGAAGAACCUGAACAUUCUGGCUGUCAGCUAUAGUGACUGUGAUCCUACCAGCUCCAGACCGAGUUUCAUCUGCUGCUGGUCGCUGAAAAACCCUUUGUGGCCGCAGCGCAUCUUCUCCUGUCCGAGUCGAGUGACGUCCAUGGACUUCUCCUCCAGCGACCACGGCCAUCUGGCUGUGGGAAUGUACGAUGGCUCCGUAGCCAUCUACAAUGUUCAGAUUCAGGACUGGAGGGCAUGUGUUGCUACCAGCAGCAAGUGUCCAAACCGGCACCUGAGUCCAGUCUGGCAGGUUGUGUGGAACAAACAAGACCGUGAAUUCUCUGGGCUGGAGGGGGAAGAGGUUCUGGUCUCCGUGUCAGCAGAUGGCAGGAUCUCCAUGUGGCUGCACUGCAACAACGAGCUGGAAUGUGUCGAUCUGAUGAAGAUACGGAGGAUUCAGGAUGACAGGAGGAAAAACGGCGAGUACAAGAUGGCGGGAGAAACCAUCCUGUCAGAGGUGUCUCCCGGACACUGCCUGGAUUUCCAUCCUAAAGAGUCGGACGUCUAUCUGGUCGGCUCUUGGGACGGACUCAUCCACAAGUGUUCGCUGAACAACAACCAGCAGUUCCUGGACACGUAUCAGAAGCACUUACUCUCUGUAAACGACAUCCAGUGGUCUCCAUUCAGCCCGGAUCUGUUCCUGAGCUGCUCCUCAGACUGCACCAUCCAGCUGUGGAGGCACACCCGCCUCAGCCCGCUGCUGAGCUUCAAGUCCGUGCACAGCCAGGUGUGCGGCGUCCGCUGGUCCCCGGAGCGCUCCACCGUGUUUGCAGCCAUAUACAGACGGCGGGUGGAGGUCUGGGAGCUGAGCUCCAACAUCCUGUCCCCGGUCAUUGUGCACCACGCUGCUGCCGGAGUAACGCUGACAGCCCUCCUGUUUGCCAAAGGGACAGGCUGUGUCCUGGUGGGGGACAGUGAGGGGAAAGUGACCGUCUACCAGCUCAGAAAUCUCACGGUCAACGGCAAGAAGGGAAAAAGUCUGGAUGACAUCCUCUCAUCUGUUUCCUGAAAACUGGUUUAAGAAAAGACGUUUAUUCUUCUCAUCAAAAUUUUUUUGUUAUUUUGAUCUUUUGUUUUCAUAAAAACAAUGUUUUAAAAAUUUGCAACAAAAAUCUGUUGGAGUAGAUCUUUAUAACAGGUAUGAAACAUGGAAAAAAAAAUCAAAAAUAGCUGAAGCUUUAUAGAUUUUUGUCCCACAUCUACAAAGAAAUGAUAUUUGGGUUUAGAUUCUUUUUGCCAAAGCAGUUUGUUUGAAAUGCAUUUACAGAUAAAUUCAUUUCUCAAUUAGACGCUGCGUUUCUGAGCCCUGAAGCAGCUGUGGGCGUGGCUGCAGCUUUCCCCGCAGAACUCAGGAAUGUGUCGACUAACACAGUUAUUCUGGAUGACAGUGUUUUCGUUCACUCACAUGUUUGGACAAAUUGCAUCACGCGUCCCGGAGCAGCUGGUAUGUUUGUCAGACAAACUCCACUUUGUCCGGUUGUGGCCUUCACAUUGACCAAAAAUCUCAUUAAAAAAUAACUUUCUCCACUUUUGUGAUAUUUUUCUAUCUGUUUUAUGAUUUUGAAAACCAGUGAAAAAUCAAACCUGUGAGGUUUUUUAUCUGGUUUAUGUUUUUUUUUAAUCAGUUUGGAUUUGUUCAAAUGUUUCUAUUUGUCUAAAUGUCAUUUUUCAGACAAAUUUCUGGAUGAAGAAAUGUUUUGUUUACUUUCAUCUUUAGAAAUGAUUCUGUUUCCUCAGCUGUUGGAUGAAACUGUGUAAAAGUCCUCGACUUUCAGAAUUGUCAAAUAUUCAAAUGUAUUUAAUUUUACUUAAUUAUUAAAGUCUUUGGAACUCUUGCAUGUUUUGUAGAA